AUGAGAACGAAAGCGCUUGUCGUCAAUAGUCCCGGCGGUGAGUUUGUUUAUCGCGAUGUGGAAGUUAACGACGAUAUUCGUGAUACCGAGGUACUGGUCCGAAUUGUAGCAACGGGAAUUUGUCAUACCGAUAUCAAUUUUAGUCAACAUGAUAUUGAUGGAAUGUUUCCAGCUAUUUUGGGUCAUGAAGGAGCUGGAAUCAUCUCUAAGGUGGGAUUAAAAGUCACCAAUGUUGAGGUUGGAGAUUAUGUCAUUCUCAGUUACACGAGUUGUGGAGAAUGCAGGUACUGUAUGAGAAAUCAGACGAGCUUUUGCGGUGAUUGGGAGCUGGACAAUUUCGGAAUAGGUAGAGGUGAGGAUGGGAGCAAAGCUUAUGAAAUCCCAUCUGAAGAGGAAGGAGGCGGGUCGGAAAUCACAAGUCAUUUUUUCGGCCAGAGUUGCCUCUCUAACUUUGCCGUGGCCAAUGCCAGAUGUUGUAUUAGAGUUGGAGGGCCUGGAAGUGACUUGGAUCUUUCGUCUCUGGCACCACUAGGUUGUGGUAUCAUGACAGGUGCUGGUGCAAUACUCAACGUUCUCAAACCAUCCUCGGAAGAUAUCGUAUGCGUUGUUGGAGCAGGUGCCGUUGGCUUAGCAGCUAUCAUGGCGCUGAAUCUUCUAGAAAGAAAGCCCAGACAGAUAAUCGCAGUUGAUUUGCUAGAUGAAAGGUUAAAAUUGGCUAAACAAUAUGGAGCAACACAUGUCAUCCAACCAACCAAAGAAAGAGGCUUGCAGAGUGCACUGAAACGAAUAACGAACUUCGAGGGGAUUGAUGCUUCAAUUGAUACCACUGGUAAACCAGAAGUUGUUGCAGACUUAUUGGAGGCAACAGCAAAAUUGGGGACAGUAUGCAGUGUAGGGGUUGGAAAGCUUGAUGCCGCUGUGUCGAUAAACAUAUUUAAUGCGGUCAAUACUGGGCGAAAAUUUGUAGGCUGCUGUAUGGGAAAUUCAUACCCUCCCGAAUUUCUUCCCAAACUUAUUCAAGCCUGGAAGGACGGAAUGUUUCCUUUUACGGACUUAAUCACGAGGUACGACGCGGAAGAUAUGGAGAAGGCUAAAGAAGAUGUUUUGAGUGGAAAAGCUGUCAAAGCAGUCCUGACCUGGGGAGCCUCUGAUAGUUAA